AUGGCACUUUCAUAUCUUCAUGUAGAUGGCGCCUACUUUCGGGAGCCAGAUGGCCGUGCUGUGAUGCUCAGAGGUGUAAAUCUAAGUGGAAACGCCAAGCUUCCCAUGAAGCCGUACAUGCCUACAACUGUUGGUGGUGAACCGUUCUUUGAUGAUGUGAAUAUUAGCUUUGUUGGGAGGCCAUUCUCUUUAAGUGAUGCUGACGAGCACUUGCUACGGUUGAAGCGUUGGGGUUUCAAUUUUCACCGUCUUAAUAUUACCUGGGAAGCUCUGGAGCAUAGUGGUCCAGGGGUCAUCGACCACGACUAUAUAGCAUAUAUCGUCGCGGUCUUGCAAAAAUGCAAAGAGCACGGUAUACGAGUCUUCAUUGAUCCACAUCAGGAUGCAUGGUCUCGUUUCACUGGAGGCUCGGGAGCUCCCGGCUGGACGUUGCGAGCUGCUGGCUUGAAUAUGAGAAACUUCAAUGCUACUGGUGCUGCUCUCGUUCACAAUACACAUCCAGACCGUUCUCAAUACAAGACUAUGAUCUGGCCUAUUAACUAUGAUAAACUGGCAUGUGCGACAAUGUGGACUCUGUUUUUUGCUGGAAAGACUUUUGCUCCUGAUGCAAGUACUGUUCUGAAUAUUGAAGGCGAAAACAUCCAAGACUAUCUCCAGAGACACUACUGUUCAGCAAUCCAACAACUUGCGCGAGCUAUCUGGGCAGCUGGUGACUUAGCAGACACCGUCGUAGUGGGAUACGACACAUUGAACGAACCAAGUGCUGGUUAUAUUGGCAAGAGCCAAAUUGAUAUCGAAAGACGGGGUCUCGCGGAUGGGGCACAUCCAACAAACUUUCAGGGAAUGAUGCUUGGUGCAGGAUUGGCAACUGAAGUUAAUGUGUGGGAAUCGGUUGCUGGAGCUCCCUCUCGUAUACGCGGAACACGCGUCAUUGAUCCUAACGGUGUAUCAGCGUGGCUUGAGGAAUCAGGUGGUUGUGUAUGGGCAAGACACGGUGUGUGGGAUGUUAAGACUCGGACGUUGCUGAAACCCGAUUAUUUCGCAACAGACCCAAAAACCGGCAAGCCAGUUGGAUUUGCUGCAGAUUACUUUCGACCGUUUUGCCGUCGUUUUACGGCUGCAAUUCGAAUGGCCCAUCCUAUGGCCAUUAUAAUCCCAGAACUUGUGCCUGGAGGAGACCAUGAGCAUUUGGGUUGGGAUCCAGCUGUAGAUCCGGUGCAACGCGUUGUUGCAGCCCCUCAUUUCUACGACGGGUACUCUCAAUCGAAUCGUACCUAUGGCUUAGAUCAUACUUUAUCACUGUCUGGAAUCGGUCGUCGUGUAUACAAGACACGAAAGGAAGCGACAUUCACUGGUGAAGCCAACAUCCAAAAAGCCUUCAACGAGCAAUUCGCAUGGAUUAAAGAAGACUGGACAAACCAUAUUGGCCCAACUCCAAUCAUCAUUGGCGAAACCGGCAUUCAUUUCGCCAUCGAUCACAAACGCAAGAUCUAUGACGGCGAUCAAGCCGAAUUCACUCGAAGCAUCGAUUUCCAUUUCAAAGCAAUCGAGGAAAAUCUUUUGAAUGUCACUUGGUGGGUUUAUGUGCCUGAUCAUCUCGGAAGGCAAGAUGGAGAUGGUUGGAAUGACGAGGACUUUAGUAUAUACAGUCCUGGCACGCCAACUGUUCCUGGUCCGUAUACGUGGUCGAAACUUGAUGUCGGAGGACGCUGUCUACCUGCUCUAGUGCGUCCGUAUCCAACGAGAACGCCAGGAACACCCCUUGAAAUCAAGUUUGAUUAUAAAAAACAAAUCUUCCGAUUCCGAUUUGUCCGAGAAGCUGGCGCAACUUCGCCACCUCACUGUGAAGUCUACCUGCCGGAAAUACAUUUCCCUGCCAAUACAAUAUCAGUUAGUGGAAGUAGUGGUACAUUCGAGCAUGAUCCCAUAAACCAGAUCUUACAUUGGAGGGAUAUGGGGAACGGAACGCAGUACAUCGAGGUGAUGAAAUGGACUGUGAAACUCUAA